AUGCCACGCAUCCCGCAUCGCCUGCUACGGCACGCACGACGCGCCCACGAGCUCCUCCCCAGCCUCCUGCUCGCCUGUCGCGACAUCGCCUCUGCUCGCAACGAGCUGCGCUGGCUGAGCGAGCAUGCCGUAACCGUGGCCCCCGCCUCCUGGCGCGCGCGCCUGCGCGCCAUGGUCCUUGACCGCUCCGCCGGCCGGCCGCUGCAGUACAUUCUCGGCACAGAGUAUUUCGGCGACUUGGAGAUUGCCUGCCGGCCGGGCGUGCUCAUUCCAAGGCAAGAAACUGCGGCUUCCGUUACCUAUCUCACCGAGCGCCUCUCCUCGGCCGGCCUCCCUGAACGACUGCGCACCCUCGACCUUUGCACCGGCACCGGCUGCAUCCCACUUCUCUUCGAAGACCUGCUUGCCGGCGUCCCGGAUAUCCGCUUGCUUGGCAUCGACGUCUCGCCGCGAUGCGUGAGCCUGUCUAGGCACAAUGCGCGCCGUUGCGGGUCGAGGCGAACGAGCUUCGCACUGGCCGAUGUCUUAUCGGGGGGCAUGGCUGGCCAGAGCUCCGUGCCUCCUCCUCUCAUGACUCUGCUACGGGAGAGAAACAUGCUCAACUGGGACGUCCUCAUAUCCAAUCCCCCCUACAUCUCCCCCCAAGCCUUCGUCCGCACCACCACCCGCUCGGUGCGGAACUACGAACCAAAGCUGGCCUUGGUGCCUCCCGUCUCGCCGAACGAAAGCUUGGACAGCGGGGACCUGUUCUACCCGCGGCUCCUGGAAAUUGCGGAUCAGGUCCAGGCCAAGGUCGUCUUGUUCGAGGUCGCUGACAUGGACCAAGCACUCCGCGUUGCUCGUAUGGCCGAAUCAACACACUCCUGGCACACGAUUGAGAUCUGGAGAGAUGAGCCCCAAGGCAAGGACCUCAACUCCAAACAAAUCGUUGACGAUAUCCAUGGCUUCCGCACUCUGGGCUGUGGGAAUGGCCGCAGCGUUGUUUGCUGGAGGCACGAAGCCUCGCAAUGGUCCAAUACCAGAUAG